AUGUCGUCCCCUCCAACAUCUAAGCGAAUCAAGACUUCCAUCUCUGCCAACGCGCCAUCACACCUGAUAGCUCAACAGCAAGUCAAUCCCUUUUCAAGAGUGCCUUCUUUUGAGGGCAUUCCUAUGCCCCAAACUCAGAUUCCUCCCCAAAAUCCGCGCAAACGCCGUGCUUCCCCCCAGUCAAGCUCUGCGGCUACCAUGGCGGCGCCAGGCGCGGCUCCGGCAACUGGAGAAACCGCGCACGAGCAAGGGCCUGGGGGAUCAGAGCCUGCCCCCAAGAAGAAGGGGAGGACCAACACUCCUUGGACUGCUGAGGAAGAGCAGAGGCUGAAGACUAUGCGCGAUGCGGGUCGCACCUGGAGCGAGAUUGCCAAGACAUUCCCUACCCGGACCGAAGGUAGCGUCAAGAAGCAUUGGUACAAGGACAUGCACUAUGCCGAAUUUGCUGAAGAUGAGUCCGUAGCACUCCGAGAAGCGAUUAGGGAAUACGAUGCGAAUAAAUGGAAGGCGAUUGGACUGAAAGUUGGAAAGCCAGCCAAGGCGUGCGAACAGUAUGCAAAAGAACAUUUCAAGGAUCUUUAG